AUGGAUCUCCACUCCCAACUCCAGGACGCCUGGGCUGGCAUCAUGACAACCUACAAACCCGGCACAAUCGAACUCGCCGGCUCAAUCAUGACGCAAAUCGUCGGCUUCAUCAUCCCAGCAACUCUCUACAUGCUCAUCGACGCGCUCUUUCCCAAAUUCUCGCAGCGCCACAAAAUCCAGCCCGCGCGCCGCCAACCCACCCGCCAACAAAUCAUCCACUGCACCAAAGUCACCCUCUUCAACCACCUCUGGAUCGUCGCCCUGCACGCUCUCCUCGUCUAUUCCAAAGGGCUCGACCACGCAACCGUGAACCUCGACCCCACAGUCCCGCCCUGGACAACCUUCACAACCGACUUCAUCUUCGCCCUCCUCGCGCGCGAAAUCUCCUUUUACUACGUGCACCGCGCCCUGCACCACCCCAGCAUCUACGCACACAUCCACAAGAUGCACCACAAGUACACUGCGCCCGUGUCCUUUGCCGCCGAGUACGCACACCCCGUUGAGCAUCUCCUCGCCAACGUCCUGCCCAUCACACUCCCGCUGUAUCUCAAAGGCGCGCAUUAUCUGUCCAUGAUACUCUUUGCCGUCUUUGAGCUUUGGGAGGCGGCGGCGGACCACAGUGGGUAUGACUUUCUGAAACUCCCGCCGGCGGAACUGCAUGAUUUGCACCAUGAGAAGUUUCGGGUCAAUUAUGGGACGAUUGGGUUGAUGGACUGGGUGCAUGGGACGGAUGUUGUUGGGUGGGAUCGGGGGAAGGGGAAUGGGGGGAAGGGCAGGAAGGGGGUUGAUUAA